AUGGAAAGUGGUGAUAUUAAAGAUGACCAAAUCAACGCAUCAAGCGAAUUUGAUAAAAAGCAUCGGCCGGCUAAUGGAAGAUUAAAUUUCACACCGCAAAAUGGAAGAAAAGGGGCAUGGUCAUCCAGGAACAAUAACCUUCAGCAGUGGUUUCAGGUUGAUUUUCAAAGAUCUACUCUGGUAACUGGAAUCAGCACCCAAGGACGCAACAGUUAUAAUCAGUUUGUUAAAAACUACACCGUUUCUUUCAGCGAAGAUGGGAAAAAAUUUCAGAAAUAUUCACAAAAUGGAGGAGUCAAGGAAUUCCAAGGAAACAGCGACAGGGAUUCCGUCGUUCAUCACGUGCUUUUUCCUUGUAUUUCUGCUCGGUUCAUUCGCAUUCAUCCAACGGCUUGGAAUGGACACAUCUCAAUGAGAGUCGAAUUUUAUGGUUGCCAUGAAAAUUAUGUGGUCCAUCACUGUUCCCACAUGAGAUAA